UAACACAAGCUGCAUGUACGGCACAGUCUCCUGAAAAAGUCACAGGUUUAUAGGUUUGAUAGCUGUCCUUAUGCAAUAAAAGCGAUCAUUGGAAAGUCAGCAGCCAACAUAACAGGAAGUGCUGAUAUUUUUCUUUUCACUAUGGAUUGCGGACAUGGCUAACGACACAUACAGCAGCUCCCUCUCUGGACUUCCAAAGUUUGGAAAGAAUGUCUGAGAAAGACAGUCAAGUUCUUCAGACAUGAACUCAUAGAAGGGCUUUCACCAUAUUAUCCCUCAUAGCCAAGGAUGUUAUGUGCAACUUAAUGGGUCAGCUCCUUAAGUUACCUCAUUUUUGGAUCAAAAGGAUAUGUCUGUUUCUGGCUUAUAAUUAUACAGUGGUACAAAUGGUUACUACAUCAGAGGUCCAUCGUCUUACUGCAAUUAAAAAUAAUAUUGAUGGCAUUAAGGAGAUAUACAAGCAAAUAAAGCAGGUGGAUUAUCAGACUUCACCCAUAACUCUAUAUACAGCAGAGCAGGACGACAUCAGAGAUACUUGCUAUAAAGCCAUCUUACACUGUUACUAUCUUGAGAUGAAAACCGUUGUAGAAGAACUACUUGUUUUGAAAGCUAAAGAUACAGGAGAACAAAGGCUUAUACAUUUAGAGGAAAAUCUCAACAUCUCACCCACAUUCACACAAUGGGGUAAUUGUAAAAGAUGUGAACAGUUUGAAUUAAAACGAUUCCCAGAAUUUAUAGCGGCAUUUGAAGAGUUUAUCCAAAGGUUGAACACUGAUCAAUACAAUUAUCAAGAUGGUCCUUAGGUGUGUCACUUCAUCUGACUCAUUCAUAAUAAGCAAGCUAAACCUUUAUUCACAUGCGAACGGACAUGUCCAAAAUUUCCUUGGAAAGGUGGCGUUUCUCACUAGACUGUAAUGCCUAGCAAGCAGUCUUCCAUUUUUUUAACCAGUUUGCAUUCACAAUCCAAUGUUUUUUCAAGUUUUGCACAGCUCUAUGGCGAAUAAUAAUCGUUUUCCUUAAGCUGAACAAUUCAAAUGGAGAACCCACAGGAGAUAUGGAUAUAAUGUGCAGGACUGCAGGCAAAGUUGGCCAGAAGACAAGCUUGAAUCGACCAGGAGAGCAGAAUGGCUUAUGUAGCACACAGUCAUUUUUCCUAUGUUUCAUCUGUAGGGAUAAUAUGCUCAGCCAUUGCUGUAAGGUAUAGAAAAUAUGUUAAUUGUAACUAUCCCAAGGGGGUUAAGUCACAGUUUCAGCAUAUUUACAAUUUACAUAUUUGAUUGAGGACACCCCAACCCUUCUAUACUCUUGGCUAUUUUCAUUAAUUACCUCACUCUGCUUAUCCCUAGAUAUGUCUUAAUAGAAAAUAUGUUACUAUACCAACUGUCAUCAGAUGGUUUGGUGUUUAAAUGUUCCUUUUGUUAUGGUUGCAGAAAACAUCUUUUCUAUUGUAUUUGUUUGAUAAAACACUAGAAAUAAAUACUGAUAUUCUGUAAUCAAUUUUAUCUAGCUAUUGCAUACAGCAGUGAUCCCCAACCAGUAGCCCACGAGCAACAUGUUGCAUAAAGGCUUGGAGGCAAGUUUUGGUUGCAU